CAAACAUACACAAACAUGGCGUUGCCACAAGCAGGCAGGAUGAUGUAUCCUCCGCAGUGUUCGCUGUACCUCAUGUUAUUCUGGCUUGGAGGAAUACAUUCGUCGACGCUUCACCUUCACCAUGGGGAGCGCGACGUACCGCCGCAACAAAAAGGAUAUUUUACCAUAGACGCAAAUAUGGAUUUAGCAGACGCGGAUCGAGCGGGCAACGCGGCUCCUGCGCUCCGACUGGCCGCUAUUGGUGCUGCUGAAGGCGGGUCGGACUACGGCGCCCCUCCGCCACAUCGAAGCCGCCGGAGCAGCAGUAAAUCCACCAUGCCGAAGGUGUACGGACAGGCCAGCCUGAAUGACUCUCAUAACCAGAUGGUUGUCCACUGGGCUGGAGAAAAGAGCAAUGUCAUUGUGGCAUUGGCCCGAGACAGCGCAGGAGCCCCAGGACCCAGAACCAGCUCGGUUUACGUGUCCUACGACUAUGGGUUCACCUUCACACUUGUCUCAGGGAAAUUCCAGCUGUCUGAGGCCAAGGCAAAGGAUAGUAGCGCUCAGAGCAUCUCUCAAUUUUACCACAGCCCCGCAGACAACAAGAGGUACCUCUUCACAGACUCCAUCAAUAAUUACCUGUGGAGCACCUUUGAUUUCUGCAAAAGUGUGCAAGGGUUCUCCCUCCCAUUCAAACCAACAGACAUGUUGCUUCACAGCACAAUACCCAACCUGGUCCUUGGCUAUGACAGUUCUCACCCAAAUAAACAGCUGUGGAAGUCGGACGACUUUGGUGAGACAUGGGUGCUGAUCCAGGAGCAUGUGAAGACUUACUUUUGGGGUGUGGAGCCUUACGACACCCCCACUACUGUGCUGGUGCAGAGGCAUGAGCCCCAGGAUGUCUUCACUAUACUCAGCAGUACUGACUUCUUCCAGACUGAACAGAACCGGAAAGUGAUUCUGGAGCAGGUUGACAGCUUCCAGCUCAGGGACAAAUACAUUUUUGCCACCAUCACAAAGAAACUGCUUGGUAGCCGUGAACCUUUAUCUGUUCAGCUCUGGGUCUCUUACGACCGCCAACCAAUGAAAGCUGCCCAAUUUAUGACCCGCCAUCCAAUCACGGAGUACUACAUUGCUGAUGCUUCUGAGGAUCAAGUGUUUGUGUGUGUGAACCAUUCCAACAAUGUCACACACCUGUAUAUCUCAGACACACAGGGUCUCUCCUUUUCACUGUCAUUGGAGAACGUUCUGUAUUACAGUCCUGAAGGCUCUGGAAGUAACACACUCAUCAGAUACUUUGCUAAUGAGCCCUUUGCUGACCUGCAUCGCGUGGAGGGACUCAGAGGAGUCUUCAUUGCCACACUUAUUAACGGGUCCGUCAGUGAAAACAACAUGCGGUCGGUCAUCACUUUCGACAAAGGAGGGACGUGGGAAUUGCUUCAACCCCCCACCGCUGACAGCCUGGGAGGAACUGUAGACUGCCAGCUCAGCAAAGGUUGCUCUCUCCAUCUGGCCCAGCGCUGGAGCCAACUAUUAAACAUACAGCUGAGAAGGAUACCCAUUCUAUCUAAAGAGUCUUCACCCGGGCUCAUCAUGGCCACAGGUUCGAUUGGCAGGAACCUGGCCAACAAACCCAAUGUGUAUGUGUCGAGUAGCGCUGGAGCCCGAUGGAGAGAGACCCUGGCAGGCCCUCAUUUCUACACAUGGGGAGACCAUGGAGGUAUCCUUGUGGCUAUCGCUCAAGGUGGAGCCACAACACACCUCAAGUUUAGCACCAACGAGGGCGAGACCUGGACCGACUUUCAGUUUUCAGACAAAGAAGUGUACAUUUACCAGUUGCUGACUGAGCCUGGUGAGAAAAGCACCAUCUUCACCAUCUUUGGGUCCUACGCCCACCAAAAGCACAGCUGGCUCAUUCUGCAAGUCAACACCUCCGACGUUCUUGGUGUUCCUUGUUCUGAGGCUGACUACAAGCACUGGUCGCCAUCAGAUGAACAUGGUAAUGAGUGUCUCUUGGGAAGAGAGAUAACGUUUAAAAGACGAACACCUCACGCCACAUGUUUCAAUGGCGAGGAUUUUGAUCGGCCUGUCACCAUGUACAACUGCUCCUGCUCCCGCCAGGACUUUGAAUGUGACUACGGCUUUAAGCUGAGUGAAGACUUCUCUCUGCAAGUGUGUGUGCCUGAUCCCGAGUUCUCAGGUGACCUUUAUGCUUCUCCUGUACCGUGUCCUGUUGGAACCACAUACCGCCGCAGCAAAGGAUACAGAAAGGUACCAGGUGACAGUUGCAGUGGAGGAGAUGUGGAAGCCAGACUGGAGGGAGAGAUGCUACCGUGUCCAGUUGGAGAGAGUAAUGAGUUCAUACUGUAUGCUCUGAGGAACUCAAUCCAUCGCUAUGAGCUGGCCACUGGCAAUGACCAGGUCCUCCCACUGCUUGGUCUAAAGGAGGCUGUAGCUCUGGACUUCGACUAUGACAGGAACUGCAUCUACUGGGCUGACAUCUUGCUAAAUACCAUACAGCGUCUCUGUAUGAAUGGCAGUACCGGUCAAGAGAUUAUAGUUAAGGAAGACCUGAUGGAUGUAGAGGCCUUGGUGUUUGACCCCAUCAGCAGAUUGCUUUACUGGGUUGAUGCUGGGGAAAAGAAAAUUGAGGUUUCCAAUCCUGACGGGGACUGGCGCCACACCCUUCUUAAUGACUCCAUUCUGGAACAUCCACGAGCUCUUGUUUUACUGCCUGAAGAAGGUCUGAUGUUUUGGACCGACUGGGGAGACACAGCAGCAGGUAUUUACCGGAGCCACAUGGACGGAACCAAUGUUUCCUCCAUCGUGUCAGAAGGGGUCCGCUGGCCCAAUGGGAUCACAGCUGAUGAUCACUGGCUGUACUGGACUGAAGCCUUCAGUGACCGCAUCGAAAGGGCUGACUUCAAUGGGGGCCAGCGGACAAUUCAAAUUGAAGGCUUGCCACACCCUUAUGCCAUUGCCGUCUUCAAGAAUGACUUGUAUUGGGAUGACUGGUCCAGAAUGGGAAUUUUCAAAGCUCCUAAAACUGGUUCUACGAGUAAUGAGCUAAUUAUUGGCAGACUGACCGGUGUUAUGGACCUUAAGAUUUUUUAUAAUGGCAAGAACAAAGGUCAUAAUGCCUGUGCUGACCAGCCAUGCAGCCUGCUGUGCCUGCCUCAGCCUGGCCAUAGGCACACCUGCAUUUGCCCAGAAGGUUCCCCAACUACAACCACAUCCGACGGACAGCUGCAAUGCCAAUGUCCCACUCGAUACCAGCUCCAAAACACCACAUGUGUAAAGACUGAACUCAGCUGUUCUGCAAACCAGUACCGCUGUACAAAUGGCCGUUGCAUCAGCAAUAUCUGGAAAUGUGACAGCGACAACGAUUGCGGAGACAUGAGUGAUGAACAGGAGUGUCCGACAACAACUUGUGACCCGUCCAACCAGUUUCGCUGCAUAUCGUCCGGUUCCUGCAUUCCCUUGGCCUUCUACUGUGACCACGAAGACGACUGUGGAGACAACAGUGAUGAAGAACACUGUGAGUCUCACAAGUGCGGUGAUGGGGAGUUUACAUGUGCACGAGGUGUUUGCAUCCGUGAGGCCUGGCGCUGUGAUGGAGACAAUGACUGUAGAGACUGGUCAGACGAGACUAACUGCACAGUCGGCCACCAUACAUGUGAAUCCAGUAGUUUCCAGUGCCACACAGGGCAUUGCAUACCACAGCGCUGGACGUGUGACGGUGACAAUGACUGCCAGGACAACUCAGAUGAAGACCCUCAUUACUGUGAAGGAACUCGAUGCAAAGGCUUCCUCUGCUCCAAUGACACAUGUCUGCCUGUCACUGCACACUGUAACGGCAUUCGGGACUGUUCAGACGGCGCUGACGAGGACAAUUGUGACCCCUUAUGUACUCGCUACAUGGAGUUUGUAUGCAAGAACCGAGCCCAGUGUCUGUUUCCGUCCCUGGUAUGUGACGGUGUCAAACACUGUGAAGACGGGUCUGAUGAGGAUGCGGAAUAUGCCAGAUGUGCCACUCCAACAGAGUUUGGCAAUGUGUGUGACACAUACACCUUCCAGUGUGCCAACGGAGUUUGUGUGAGCCUGGAGUGGAAAUGUGAUGGAAUGGACGACUGUGGUGACUACUCUGAUGAAGCCAACUGCGCUGCCUCUACUGAGGUCCCUGGCUGUUCCAGGUAUUUCCAGUUUGAGUGUAAAAAUGAACGCUGCAUCCCAACGUGGUGGAAGUGUGAUGGAGAGAACGACUGUGGAGAUUGGUCUGACGAGUCCGAGUGUACAGGUGGAGAAAGUCCUCACACAGUGGCCCCUGCUCCUUCAAGCUGCGCCCCCAACCGCUUCCACUGUGGCACUGGAGCUUGUAUCAUCAACACAUGGGUGUGUGACGGUUAUGCGGACUGUCCCGAUGGCAGUGAUGAGCUGGGAUGUCCGACAGUUAAUGGCUCUGUGACACAGACUCCAGUUUUCACCAAGGCCCCCUCCUCUUCUGGUCGUUGCACUUUGGGUCAGUUUCUGUGUCGCCGUCCGCCUCGCUGUAUCCCUUCUUGGCAGCGCUGUGAUGGUCAGGUCCACUGUCAGGAUGGCUCUGAUGAAUACCAGUGCCCUACUCACAAGCCGCUGUUUUGCGAAAAUGGAACCCUCUGUGUUGAUGGGGAAGCCUGCCUGAUGGUCCAAGAUCGAUGUGACGGAUUUCUGGACUGUUCGGACCACAGCGAUGAGGACAACUGUACCCAGGAUACCUUGGCUUAUAAAGUGCAAAACCUUCGAUGGACUCCAGACUUCAUGGGUGCCAUUACUCUAACAUGGUCUCAUGCGAAAAAUGUUCCCCUGAACUCCUUCUAUUACAUGAUCAACUACAGGCUUGUAGGCACCCAGCAGUGGACCGUCUUGGACACUCACAGCAACAAGACCAGCUACAAACUAACUGCCCUGAGACCAGACACCACCUACCAAAUAAAGGUGCUCACAUUGUGCCUCAGCAAGCUGCACAAUACAAACGAAAUCAUCACAGUCAGGACGCCAGAGGGAUUGCCUGGACCUCCCAGGAACCUGCAGCUGUCUUGUGAUAACAGUAAGGACGGGACAGUGGAUCUUUCCUGGAGUCCUCCUGACAAAGGAAACGGCCUUGUUAGAGAGUAUAUUACUGAAUACGGCGAACAAACGGCGGUUGAGUGGACGUCACAGAGUAGUACCACCACCAACACGGAGGUGAAGGAGCUGCAGCCAGACACUCAGUACAAGUUCCGGGUGGCAGCUGUGACCAGUCGAGGUAUGGGGAUCUGGAGUGAGGUUAAAUCCAUUACUCCUUUGAAAGCUUUGCCGCCUCCGUCUGUAAUUACUGACAGCAUCACCGUAGCAUCCAUGAGCCUUUCAUUCAGCCUCAAUUCCCAGUAUGAAGUGAAACAGUACAUCGUAAUCUUGUCCUGGCAGUUUGACACUCACUUGAGGGAGAGCAAGAACUACACAGUCAAGGAGAAGAUCCUCAGAGUUGCGAACCUGACUGCAGGGACAAUGUAUGAGGUGGCUGUGUGGGCUCACACCAAUGUCGGUGACAGCCCCACCGCCUUGUCUCAUCACCAGACUGCUGGUGUCCAGCCAGAUAAGCCUCUUCUCAAAGUGUGGGCUCUUAACCACAUUUCUGUUGGCUGCAGCUGGACCCUCACCAGUGGGUCAUCCUCACAGGUGUUUGGUGUGUUUUAUGCUACGUCCUUCCUCGAUUUAUACCACAGUCCUAGUCUGGUCCACACCGCUUCCACUAACCUGACAAUCACUGUGGACAGUGAUGAGCAGUAUUUAUUUUUGGUGCGGACUGUCUCUCCCUUCUUGGGUCCGCCAUCAGAGCACGUUGUGGUCAAAAUGAUUCCCAGUGAAAGGUUGCCACCACGGAACCUCCACCGUGUGCAAGUAGACAAGACCGUGGCCACACUGAAGUGGCAACCACCUUAUGAUACACCAAAAGUGCCACUGACGUAUGCGAUUCAUGUGCAGGAUAUGGUCCGCAAGGUGGAGAGGGACUACAAGGUAACCACGCAGAACAACACAGUGGAGUACCAGCUGAAAGGCCUGGAGCCCGGAGGACACUACAGCAUCUCCGUCCGCCUGCGUAACAUGAGCAAGGAAGUCAGCUUCACUCUGAGCACAGUUCCUCUUCCAGCUCCUGAAGCCUUGAAGAUAUUGAAUGAGAAAGAUCACAUAUACCUGUUCUGGAAGAGUCUGGCUGUCCAAGAGAAGUAUUUUAAUGAAAGCAGGGGGUAUGAGGUGCAUGUGUACGACGGUGUGACCAACAAGACCACCUUCCUUGGAAACACAACAGAGACCUACUUCCGCAUCAGUAGCCUUCAGAAAGGACACAACUAUACGUUCUCAGUUCAGGCCUGCUGCUUGCUCAACGAUCAAUUAUGUGGCGAGCCUGCACUGCUGCUGUAUAACCAGUUUAGAGCAGGAGCGAGUGAGGCCUCCCAGAGUGAAAGCCAUUCGGAGGAUAUGGCGGCAGUCGUAGUCCCAGUCCUUUUCCUGCUGCUGCUGGGAGUUUGUGGCGGCUUGGUGGCGCUCUACUUUAGACACCGCCGACUUCAGAACAAUUUUACAGCCUUUGCAAACUCGCACUACAACUCGCGCCUGGGCUCUGCCAUUUUCUCCUCUGGGGACGAACUAGUGGAUGAUGAUGAUGAAGAUGCUCCCAUGAUCAGCGGCUUCUCAGAUGAUGUUCCAAUGGUGGUGGCGUAGCGAGACGUCACCCCUGCGCCCUGUUGACAGGAAGCCAGUUAGCAAGAAAUAUGAAGAAACGUGUAAAGAGAGAUAGAUAUUUUUCAAAUAUACAAUGCACUUUUUUGGAUGCGCAAUAACUUAUUUUUUAUAUGGAAAUAAAAGAAUAUAUGUAUAGGGAGUAGAAAAAGAUGGGGUAGAUAUUGAGGCGUACUGUGAAGAAUUGAGUGUUGUUGAGCAUGUUGCAGAACGCCACACUCCAUUUUGCUUCAAACCAAAAUAAGCAUCCAGACACAAAAAGUACACAAAUUCAAAAGUUUGGCAUCAAGAAAAAAAAAAACGCAUUUUCUUACAAGUCACAUCUAAUUUUAUCCGGCUUAUAAUCAGCUUCAGUCUUCUGCCUUCGUCUCCUGGUACGGCUGCUAAUCCAUUUUAUAAGGUCCAUUGUUUACUACAAUACAUUUUUGCAAUUU